AUGUCAACAAAUUCCAAGGAUGAAAUUAUAGUCAAGGAGACCGAGACUUCUGGGGAAGUGCCGCCCUCCUCGGACCCUAAGGAGUGGAUUGCUCUUGAGCCAAGGGGGAUAUCCUCACGUCAUCUUCCAGCUUUUCCUGCUUCAAUUCAAAAAAUCACACUAGCUAACCUUCCUCAAAUUUUCCUCUUCUUCUCCAUUCAGCGAGCUCCUCCAUCUAUCUCCGUGCAUAAAUCCCUCAGUCCCUCUUCAACAUCAUCAUCAACUCUUAUCCUCCUACUCUACGACACCCUUCAUCGUUUCCGAAACCAGCUUCUCCAAACAGAAGCUCAACGACGCCAUCUCCGAACCUCUAUCUCUCACCAACCCGUCCUUGUACAUACUCCACUCCAUAACACACUAACCUUUGUCACUAUAACAAACCUCUUCCGCUUCCAUACUAUUCAUCACCAUCACCAUUCAAACCCAUCCCCAGUUCCACAUACUACUACCUCUAUUCUUGGAGUUGUUGUUGUAAUAGCCGCAAACGCAAGUGGUGCAUGGACUCCUAUUGGUGAUGUUACUACUACUAUGUUGUGGACACAUGGCCAUAUAACUACAAAAAAAAUCCAUAGAAGAACAUCCAAAGCUUCAACAACUACAACCUCCCAUUCUGAGACUUGGCUUCCAAGUCACUCAAAUGCCCACUUCAUCUUAACACUACUUUUGUUGAUUUUAAAUAAUUAA